GAUAUGACAUUCCGAAGACAUUUAAAAAAAUUAUGCGUGUCGAUAACGACUUGUCAGAUUGCGAAUUUUAAAUAAUUGAUUUAUAUUUAUAUUGAAACGUUUACUGUUAUUAAAUAAAACAUAACUAACACAAAAUGGCUACAGAAUGGAAACCCUCCGUCAAAGAAGUCAAUGGCAUAAACUUAGCUAAUUACUUCCCCCAUCAACGUUCAUACAAUUCCGUAGUGUAUAUACACAAGAAAUAUUUAGACGAACAAAACGCUCCUGAAGUCAAAAAGGAAAAGGUUAAACCGAAAAAGGAAAGGAAAUCUAAACACGAUAAAUGUCAACAGUUUAAUAGCGAGAAGAAUACUGAAAUCUCUAAUAAUAAUAGGACAUAUAAAAUCAGUGGUAAUAAUAACGACUCCGUUCUAGAACAUACUAUAAGAUUCGCUAAGAAUAUAGUUCCUUUAGUUAUACCACAAAGUGAUGAGAAACUCCCUGUAUAUUACACGAUAAAAUCUUCAAAAAAACAUAAGAAAAGAGAUAAGAAACCACAGGAAUCUUUUGAACAUCGAGAACAAGCGUAUGAGAAAUCGGAGCCUAAGAAAGUUAUCGAAACAUACAGAAAGGUUCGGAAAGAGAGUUUUAGCGUCAGGGAGUCUAUAAGUUCUAGCAACACUCUAGAUGAUUUAAACAUCAAUCAAUCUUUAACUUGCACCUUAUCAGAAUUAUCAGAAAAGAAAUUCCGUAAGAAAGAAACACAUUGUAUUAAAAAAUCACACAAUGCACCAAAAAUUACUGUAUCCGAAUCAUUCGAAGCUAUUGCGACGGAAAAUCAAGGGGAUUCAAAGAUUAAAAUACAACUGAUGAAUGAUAAAGACAAGAAUGUUUUGACUGAGAGUAUUAAAAUGCCAAUAUUGUCUGCCAUUAAAGAAUGUAUCUCAGAACUAAGUAACAGCCAGCACAAUAAUGAGAUGACUACAAUGCAAAGGAUAUUGAAGUGUAAUACAAGCAAAUUGGAUACAAUUCUGGAGAAAAUAGCUCGCAUCGAGAAGAGACUGGAAGUUUGUUCAUUAGAAAAGAAGGUAAGCCUUACUGAUAGGAAAGCUUCGUCCACAGUGCUUACUCCUUCAUCGAAACCAUCGGCAUUGGAACAGUUAGAAGAAGACUUGGUAGAAGACAAAGAAGAUUAUAGUUCAGAAGAAGAAUUGCAUCAGGAGAUGUUGGAUAGAAGAAGUAAGAGUGCAGUAACAGAGUUGACACCUGAUGAGAAAUCUGGGAUAAAGGAUUCUAGUUUGGGAGCCGGGGAGGUAGGCUUUAAAGAGCCUCCUACAGUGGGUAUUAAGCCAACGCGUCCAAACAGGAUUCCAGCUAGAUUCUGCUGGACGGAUACCGCACGAAAAUGAUAUUUAGCUGAUUGUUAGUAUUCCUAUUGUUUAUGAAACUUUACUGUUAUGUAGUUUUAUUAAAAAGUUUUAUUGAAA